AUGUUGUGGUAUAUUGUUUUGAUUUCCACUCUUAGUCCGGUGCUUGUGGAUGCCCUUCCCGAGGACAUACUUCUCGAGUCGCCCGAGAAUCUCGUGACGAUAGUUCCCUGUGUGAAACACCUAUGUGACAAGUAUUACAAAUCCGAACGCGCCAUUAAGGGUUCGCUGGGGUUGAUUUACCUCAAACCGGACUCGUCGCUGUUCCAGAUUAACCUUCUGAAAUCUUUUCACGAAGAUCCGCGGCAUGAGAUGGGAAUCAUGCCGAAGAACAGUCGUCGGCUGCACCCGGAUGCUUCGCACGUGACGGAUAGGGCCAAAAAUUACUUCCUGAUGGUGCGUGAGGCUUCCGAGCUAGCUUCCCACAUAAGCAUGUUCAGAAGAUUACCGACGUUGAAUCCGUUGGCCCAGGUGGUAAUUUUGUUCACCUCGGAAAUGACGCCAGAGGUUUUCGAAGUUGAAGUUCGAAAGGCGUUGCAAAAGCUAUUCGAUUAUUGGUUUCUGAAUGUCAACGUCAUGGUUCAGAGGUACAAUACGAGCGUCUUGGAAGUUUGGUCUUGGUUUCCAUACGAGAAUGGGCGUUGUGCCGAUGAAAUAAUCAACAUCCGAAUGAUUGAUGAGUGUGAGUAUGUUGAAAUAGUCGUUGAUGAGCCGGAACAAGUGGAUGAUACCCGAGAGGACGAAACAUUUGUUGAAUACCACAAUGAAACAUUCUUCAAUGAUUCUUCGCUAACGUUCCCCGACAGUUCUCGGAACACGGAAUGGGUGUUUCGGGAGCAGCAUUUCUUCUCCGAAUUUGAGCCAAAGAUUCCCAAAUACUUCAACGAUUGUCCGCUGAAGGUGUCUACCGCUAUUUGGGAACCGUUCGUAGUUGGAAACGGAACGUCUGUUGAGAAAGGUUUUGAAGUGUUGAUGAUUGAAGCUAUUUCCGCUCGUUUAAAACUCAUACCCGUGUAUAGGAUUAUUGAUGGAGAAAGAGCAACGGCGCGGAUUACGGUCAACAAAGACAUCGGGUUCUACGCUGAUUUGAUUAAAAGGCAAUCCGACAUCAUGAUCGGUGGUUUGUACGAGAACCCCAUCAGCCGGAAGCUUCUCUCGUCCACCAUCCCCUACUACCAGGACGACCUAACGUGGUGCGUUCCACCGGCCCGACUAGCACCCAAGUGGCCCAACGUGUUCAUCAUUUUCAACAUCUGGAUCUGGAUGUUGGCCAUAGGAAUCAUUUUCGUAUCUGCCGGCGUUAUUGCAGGCUUCAACUUCUUCGAAGAAGGUUACCCGGAGAACUAUUCCUGGAUGUUGGUACAGUCAUUAGCUCUGUCGUUGGGUCUCUCCGCGACUUAUUGGCCGCAACGGUUAUCCAUUCGGCUGUUCCUACUAGUGUACAUGUUCUACGGGAUGCACUGGGACGUUGCCCAUCACAGUUUCCUCAUAACCGUCAUGACACGACCCCGUUUUGAGAAACAGAUCAGUACAGCGGAAGCCGCUAUAGAGAAAGCCUUCAGCUUCGUAGGACCGGAGAACACUCUGGUUUUCUUCGAUAAGCCGGACCAUGUCUCUAAACACGUCGCCAGUGUUUACAAGACAUGCCCUGAUGUAGAUGAUUGUCUAGCGCGUUUGAAUUCGGAGCAAUCUGUAGCGGUGGCAGUUUCCAGAGCACAUUCUCAGAACAGCAAGACCAUCGGUGAAGCGGAGAUGUUCUGCUUCCCUAGGACCGCUAAUAUACAGACGUACCCGGUGGAAAUGAUGGUGAAGAAAGACUUUCAUAUCUUGCCGAAGAUCAACGAUCUGAUUAGAAGGAUAAGCGAGUCCGGGCUGCUAGGGAAGUGGCAAGUGGAGAGUAAUAAGAUCCGUAUCGAUACGGGUUCGAGCGGCGGAGGUGGCGGUGGUCAUGGUGACGUGCAGAUUGUUUUGACAGUUGCGCAUAUCGAAGGCGCUUUUUUCCUGGUGGGCAUCGGUUUGGGAAUAUCUGCGGUCGCAUUUAUCGGAGAAUUGAUUUAUUUCAGUUUGAAGCAAAAGUACAAAUGGAAGGACACAACUUUUAGUAGAUUGAUUUGUUAG